CCUCCGAAACGCGAAGGUUGCAUGUAAUGUGGUGUUUUAAAACAUUGUGAAUAAAAAUUUGUUUAUUUUUGUGUGAUUUAUUGUGUUUAACAGUGUGUGUUGUGUGUGUUUGUGUGUGAACUCCAUGCAGGCACGUUUCUUAUUGGAUGCAUCUGAGUAAUGCAAUAGCGUAUGGGUGGCGCGCUGCUGGAAGCGGCGGCGCGCGGCGACGCGGGGCGCAUCGCAAGCCUCCUGCGAGCCGGGGCUCCCGUCGAUGAGACUGACGAGAAUGGAUGCAGUGCGUUGCAGAGAGCCGCUGCGGAUGGGCACGUGGAGGUCGUCAAGUUGCUGCUCGAGCAGGGAGCUGAUCCAAACAAACAGGAUAACCUGCACGGCAACACAGCAGCCCAUGAAGCAGCAUGGAAAGGCUACUCGCGUUGCGUGGCGCUCCUGUCGCGGUGCUGCGACCUGCGCGUGCGCAACGCGGCCGGCUUCGCGCCGUUACACCUCGCGACACAGAACGGACAUAAUCAGUCUGCUAGAGAAAUACUAUUGGCUGGCGCACCGCCUGAUUUACAGAACAAUUAUGGAGACACCUCACUCCACACGGCAGCGCGCUAUGGCCACGCCGGUGUCACGCGGAUCCUCAUUUCUGCCCAGUGCAGAGUCUCCGAACAAAAUAAGAACGGAGACACCGCUCUACACAUAGCAGCCGCUAUGGGAAGGAGGAAACUGACCAGGAUAUUACUCGAAGCUGGUUGCGAUAAGUCACUAAGAAACCACCAGAGUGAAACCGCCAGAGAUAUCGCCACUAGAAAAGGGUUGGAUGAAAUUAUCGCUAUACUCAACACACCAGUAGCGAAACAACCAAAAAAGAAAGAAAAGCAAAGAGAUAAAAGCAAAGAACGCGGGAUCGACGAACCGGAUGAUGGCAAGAAGAGAGAUAGAAGUAAAGAAAAGAAGAAGAAGAAUGUUCACUUCGAAACUCCUCCUGUUCAGUGGUCACCUUACGGUUGCCAUUAUUAUCCUGAUCCAAAAUAUUUCCCUAAACCUAAGCUAAGUUCCCUACCCACCGAACCAUUGAAGAAAGGCGAACAGUAUUAUUUGGACUUAGCUGGUAAUAUAAAGAAGGGUCCAAUUGGAGCAGGAUACACUUGUUAUUGUGCACCGUUCUUUAAGCACAUGGAAGACAAACUUAAUGGAGAUAAAAAAGACUUAAAGAAACACAUAGAUCGAGCGCAUGAGAGGCUAGACCAAAAAGUCACAGAUUUGGAAAUGAAGACACAGGGACAGAUAUCUGAAUUAACUCGUUUCGUAGCAGCAGAAAGAGCUAUGUGCAAAGAAAGGCAUAAACAUUUAGAGCAAUGGUUAACCCGAGGUAUGAUGUUCCGAGCAUCAGAAAGAGUAAAGAAAUUAGACUUUAGUCCAAAGGGAUCGUUAGACAUACCACCGAUAAAAAGGACAAGAAGCUUAGAACUCUUAGAUGCAAAUGCAGAAUGGGGUACAGUUAAUCAUUUAAUUAAAAACUUCAACGACGGCUCAGACCGUUACGAUUGCCAUACCAAAGAUAUGGAUUGUAAAGCCACGUCGAAAAGCACUGAAGGUUUAGAUAGAUCACCUCGCAGCCCAAGGCGAAAACAUAUUCUUAAGAAUUCAAGAAGCAGUGAUCAUUUAGAUGCUGGACCUAGCAGAUGUUCCCGAUCACCUCUAAGUGUAGCGCCUCAUAUGACUUGUAUUACCGACUCGACACAUAAUGUAACAGCAGAAAUACACGUUAAGUCAAAUAAAGUAUCAGUAUCUCAAUCACCUGCAUCAAAUGAUGGAGCAAGUGUAAGUGAUAGAGAGAGAUAUGUAUCACCAGGUCUACAAUCUCAACCAUUAUCACCAAACAGUAUGAAGUCUCCCGUUACACAAACAGAUGAUGUUGAAACUGAACAUAAAAGUCAGUAUGAAAGUUCCCAAAACGUGCCUGCGUGGAAGAGUCAAGUGCUACAAAGAACUGCAGAUGAUAUACGAAAGAGAGUUAUGUUAGAAAAAGAAAUGGCAGAUGUAUUAAAUAGAAAUUCACAAUCAUUAGAUAUAUCACAGGACGGGUACGUUAGAUUAACUAAGCCUGUGAAUCAACAAGAAAGCAAUAUUGAAAGGGAGCCAAGAAAAUCAGUACAAGAAUUAGUAGCGCAAGUGGAACACCAUCAGAGGUGUACAUCGCCUGAACGUUUGCCAUUAUCUAUAAAAGUACCUGAAAGAGAACAAGCAAUGCCGAGUAAACGACAACCGAUACAGCCAAUAUUGAAGAUGCCACAACAGCCGCAGCGGCCCGCUCCCGUUCUGAAGGAAAAACCACCGAAAACCAAACGAUUUAGCCUACAUAACCUCAUACCGUUCCCAACGAGAAAAGCAUUUCAAAGUCCACCUAAGGAAAACGGUAAUAACUCUGAAAGUAGUGAUGAAGAAGAUAAUCCCAUAAGGACUACUAAUCAACCCGGCCCUAUGCGCAAUACAAAUCUGCUUCAAACUUUGCCUCUUCCAAACUAUGAAACGAUGUCCACUAAAUCGCAAUCACCCGCCCCGCAAGUCCAGUCCUAUCCGCACGACGUACGCAUGAUUCCCAAAGAUGCUUACUUCCACGAAAUACCCAAUAGACAAGUUCACCAUCAAAUGCCAUACAGAGAUAUGAUCGACAACGGUCUGCCCAUGCCACAGUAUAAUUGUCAAAAUCAAUACGAUUAUAACGAGCCAGGGCUACCUCAAGCGCAACCGCAAAGUCGAAGCCGAAACCCUAUAUACCACCAUCAAACAGGAGUUUUUAACGCUAUGAUGCAGGACCACAUCAUCCGUGAAAUAGAGCGAAUACCUCAUUGUUACAGCGAGCAUUUGGACCAAAAUACAGAGGUAGAAAUAGCUAAUCAAAACGAGCACUUUCGAGGUUACUACGAUAACCGUCCACCAAUGUAUCCCAACUUCGGAAGAAACCCCCACGGAUUGAGAAGGCCAGACCACAAUUUACUACACAGCAGACUACAGUCUCUCGCCAUAAACACGCAUUUAACAGAAACACAAAGCCAAACAGACAGAGAGUCGCAUAAUGACUCCGGUUACAGUACAAAAGUUUAUGGCAGUUCGCAGGGCCCGUCACCGAGUCUGUCUGGUCACGUAGAAGAUAAUCUCUCUGGACAAAGAGUGAAUGUUAUGAACGGUAAAGAUGGACAGAUUGGCGCCUCAAGCCUUGUGUAGAAUACGCUUCUAAAUAAGAAUUCGAAAUCUAUUUGUAUAAUCCCAGUUAUAGUUAUGUAUUCUACAUUUUAUACGCACUUUUUAUAUUAUGCGGCCGAGCUUUCCUUAUAAAUAAAAUGGUUAGUGUGAGAAAAUUUUCUCCUAACGGGAUUUUAAAAUUAUUUUAAAAACCUGUAUGUCACAUUUUGUUAUUUAUGUACAUGUAAGCUAUCAUGAGUCACUAUUUUUGUAUAAUUUUGAUAACCAAAAUUGAAUUGUGGAUUUGAGAUGAGAAAACAUUACAUACCUACUUCUAAAAGCAAUUUUUUUAAUGGAGUAAUACUUCUGUAAUCCUGCAAGUAAAGUGAAUAAAGAAGUCUUCGAAUUUAGCCACCAGCAUUUUCUUAACUUUAAGUGACACUAUAAGAAAAAUUUGGAAUAUUAUUGAGAGAUUUUAAAUCAUAUUAACUGGCGUAAAUACGCACUCACUUUAGACUUAUAUCACGGGCACCAACACAAAUACAUAAAUAGGCAUGUCUGGUCAAAGUAAAUACUUUAUACUUAUUUAUACUCGAGUUUGUAUAAAAAUAAUUAAAAAAAUGUGUGUGUACUAGUGUACACACGUAAGAAGUGAAACUUCUUUAUGACUUUAU